GGAUGGGCGCGCGCUGAGCAGCCGGCGGGAGCCGCGGGAGCAAUGGGGAACAUCUCGUCCAACAUCUCCGCCUUCCAGUCCCUGCACAUCGUCAUGCUGGGCUUGGACUCGGCGGGCAAGACCACGGUGCUCUACCGCCUCAAGUUCAACGAGUUCGUCAACACGGUGCCCACCAUCGGCUUCAACACGGAGAAGAUCAAGCUGAGCAACGGCACGGCCAAGGGCAUCAGCUGCCACUUCUGGGACGUGGGCGGCCAGGAGAAGCUGCGCCCACUCUGGAAGUCCUACAGCCGCUGCACCGACGGCAUCAUCUACGUGGUGGACUCGGUGGACGUGGACCGGCUGGAGGAGGCCAAGACGGAGCUGCACAAGGUGACCAAGUUCGCCGAGAACCAGGGCACCCCCCUGCUGGUCAUCGCCAACAAGCAGGACCUGCCCAAGUCGCUGCCCGUGGCUGAGAUUGAGAAGCAGCUGGCGCUGCAUGAGCUGGCGCCCUCCACCACCUACCACAUCCAGCCCGCCUGCGCCAUCAUCGGCGAGGGGCUCACUGAGGGCAUGGACAAGCUCUAUGAGAUGAUCCUCAAGCGCAGGAAGUCCCUCAAGCAGAAGAAGAAACGGUAAAGGGGAGGAGGCUGCCGGAGCCAGCGAGAGCCAGAGCCGAGCCCGCUGGUGCCAGAUCGGGACAGAGGAACAAACCCUGCCAGCCUCUGCCCCGCGCAGACUGAGAGGGGCAUGGCUCAGGCCACCACCUUCUCCCCGCGUCCGCUUCUCAACCUGGGCGAGCUGCUGGCUGGGGCUGGCCUGGCUGCCUUCCUCGGCCCCCAAGCCACCAGGAUGAGCCAAAGCCCCCCAAGGAGGAAGCCUCCAUGUCUUACCCUUCUAGCAGGGCUAGAAGGGGUGGGCAGCGGGGCUGCUGGGGGCCCGUGGACUCCCUGAGGAGCCAUUUGCUGGGCCCCUCUGUCCUCCGGAGGGAAGGACUUGUUCCUUGGUGGGCCUGUGGGACAAGGAAGCCCAGGAGCUGGACAGAACAGGGCAGGACCCUGCUUGAGAGAGACUAGGAUGUGCUCCUGGCUUGGGAACUUGUAUUUUUUUUUAAGUGUGUGUAUGUGUAUAUGGGGCUAAGGGAAGGGCUUCUGGGGAAAGUGGAGCUGAAGAAAUAAUGCUUCAGGGAGCAGCGGAUGCUGAGGGAUCUGCCCGCGAUUGGAAAACCGGGGUAGGAAAAGGAAAACACAUACUGAUCCCUGUUGCUUAAUGGUGGACGUUGGCCUCUGGGGAGAACUGCUUCUCAGGGCACCAGCCAUCUCCCCAGAGCACUUGGAUUCGGUCCACUUGCAGGUUACGGUCACCAAAAAUGAAUUGGAAAAAAAAAUCAGACUAACAAAAGGUAGGAGAGCAGCAAAUGAAUGAUAUGCUGCUGCUUGCAGUAGCAGUCUGCGUGCUUAAAGGGGAAUUGCUAGUGGGUGCACGUCAUCCUUGGAAAAACAGAAAAAUGUAUUGAUCCACAUGGAAUUUAAAGCUAUAACCAGCUGGAUGGUCUGUGACCAGCUGCUGACUUGGUGCUGAGUUUGAAGCUAUUUGCUUCAAAGGGGUUCUGUAUGAACUUUGCCAUGAAGGGUGUUCACAUCUCUUGUCAAAUUAUCAAAGGUUUAUUUUUAACAGAGGCCAUGUCCUGUUGUAAUGAGAAGGAACAGGUCUUUCUCACACCCUUUUAUAUCACUGUAACCUACUGGUAGAGGUAUGUUUCUUUUGUCUAAUUUGGAUCAAGCUGGUUUGUCCAAUUGAUAUUUUCCGUGGGGAAAAAAAACCUCACUACAGUGCUGGAUUCUAGGCCUCCAACUGUCCACCUCAUUGCAUCAA